AUGAUGGCUAUUGUGCCAAGCCUUGCUAAUGGAUUUAAGGAGGAUGGCCUUCUUUUUGAUUUCAGGACUUCACACGAUUUUUCCAAAUGGAGCGAAUGUUCUGAUACAUGUCGCACAGACGGGAACCCGACCCGCUUUGGAUCCAAGGCCAUAAUUACAUCACAUAAGGGAACUCAUUCUACAUGUGCCAUAUUCUUCUACUUAUUAGAUCCACUACCGAACGGUUGUUGUUUCGCAAAUGUGGAGUACAAGGAAAACCGAUGGGAUCUGAGUGAUUACGAUGGAAUUGAGGCUGAAUUACGCCGCACAGGAUCCAAUGAGUGGUUUAAGUUCGUCCUUGACCAAGAACAUUACUACGAAAAGCAGUUCCAGGUAUGCUUCUCGCAAACUCUCGCAUCAGGUGACCGAGAUAACGUUUGUCUUUUUCAGGCGCCCUCAGAAUUCGAGACGGUGCGUUUCGCGUUUUCGGAUUUCAAAGCUUACAGCCACGGUAAACCUGUUGAGAAUGCUCCUCCGCUGAACAAGUCCAAUCUCGGUUUUAGUAUCCAAGUGUUUGGUGGCGUCUUUGAACCAUUUAAGCAAUCUGGGCCUGGCAUUCUCCAAAUAAAUUGGGUGCGGGCCUAUAAAUCCCAGCAUCAACUCUUCUAA